ACAGAUAAGUGCUAGCGACAAUAGCGCCUUAUGAUGCACAAUUCAUUAUAUAAAGCAUCGCAAUUUCCUAAGAUUCUACAUCUUGUGGAUUAAUAUGCAAAAUUAAGAUAGUUUUUCUUUUGCUAAAAAUGUUUUGUAGUUUCUCUUUUUGUUUAAGUCUUUGUAGAAUGGAUCAAGUCAAGUCUUAAUAUAGGAUCGGAAAAGUGCAUAGUUUUGCGAAGAUAUAUUAUGACUAAUCCUAGCUCAUCAAUUAGAAAAGAAAUACAAGAUAAUUUUGCAGUUCAUCAUGAAAAUCAGAGUUAUACUUCUCUAGAUUCAGAGUCUCAUUUAAAUGAUCCCGAUGCUUUACAAGGUAAUUCACAUCCAAAUUAUAAUAAUGAAGUACCUUUGGAAUUGACUGGAAUAUCCGAGUUAGCCACAACGCGUCAGCUUUCGAAAAUUCAAUCAAGACGAUCGAGUCUUGGAGCAAAAAUUACAGGUUUAGGAGUGCAACAUGAAGAUUCACAUACUGAAGGCGAAGAUUUAGAGAAAUCAUUAUCUAAAACUGAAAGUAUUUCGAAGGAUGACAAAUUUAAUCGGUUCUCAGACAAGACCAAACUAAUUUGUGUGGUUAUCGCAUCAUUAUCUGGAUUUUUAUCGCCAUUAUCUAGUUUAUCGUUCUUGCCUGCGGUCCCUGAAAUUGCGGAUAGAUUUAAUACUACGGGAGAAAUAAUUAAUGUAUCAAGUGCUGUUUAUUGUAUUUUUAUGUCAAUAUCACCAACUAUCUUCUCGCCAUGUUCUGAUAUAUACGGAAGAAGGAAUACCUUCUUAGUAUGCACUUUUAUGUUUGUUAUAUGUACCGCUUUGGUUGCUGUAUCUCAAAAUUUAGCAAUGUUUUUCAUUUUUAGAUCGCUAACUGCUCUUUUUGGAACCUCGUUUUUCAGUAUCGGGGCUCAUAUCAUUGGUGAUUUGUAUGUACCAGUCGAGAGAGCAACCUAUAUGGCCUGGAUCAUUUCAGGUGGUCAAAUUGGUACUUCAUUAGGAUCUGUGGGAGGUGGAAUAAUAGUUAAUUUUACUAGUUGGAGAAUUAUAUUCUGGGUACUAUGUGGUAUCGGUGGUGCGAUGUUCUUUUUGGCUUUGUUUUAUCUUCCAGAGACUUGUUAUGAGACCAAGCAUUCCGUAAUAUUAAAGGAAAUACAGAAAGAUGACCCAAACAAAAAAUUUGUAUUUGUACCUUUUAAUCUAUUGAAGAUAAUCGCUGCAUUAAAAUACCCUAACUUAUCAUUAGAUGGCUUCAUCACCAUUGCAUUAGUAUUCAAUAUGUACAACUUGUUAACACCUAUCAGGUAUGUUGUCGAUCCACGUUUCAACCUUACCCAACCGAUAUUCAGUGGUUUGUUCUAUUUGGCACCGGGUUUAGGUUACUUGAUUGGUAGCUUUUUUGGAGGUCGAUGGGCAGAUCAUGUGGUUAAGCAAUAUAUAAAAAGAAGAGGCAAAAGAGUUCCAGAAGAUAGGUUAAGACAAACUUUAAUUCCACUUGGGCUUAUAUACCCAGCCAGUAUUUUAAUAUAUGGCUGGACCAUCGAAAAAGAAAAAGGUGGAAUGGCUGUUCCAAUUAUUUUUAUGUUUUUCAGUGGCAUAGCACAAACAUGUGUGUUUCCGGCUUCAAAUACUUACUGUGUUGAUAGUAUGCCUGAAUUGGGUGGUGACGCUAUUGGAAGUAGUUACUUUACAAGAUAUAUUGCUGCAGCAGUAUCAUCAGCAUCAUGCUUGCGAAGUAUUCAAAGCAUUGGUGUAGGUUGGACUUGUACCAUUGGUGCAUUUGUUUUAUGGCUAGGUUUCGGGUGUGCAUUAGUUUUAAUUUAUUUUGGUGAGAAGAUGAGAGUUAACGCUUUAAUUAAGUAUGGUAAGAGAGAAGCAUAGGAUCGAAUAUUUUAACUAUGGAUAUAAAAAUUGGUUGUAUAUAAACUAAAAUGCUUACAAAACGUUUUACGAAUUAUAGAGUAUAACAUAAUAUUAAUUAUUUAGAAUAAAUAAAAACAAGUAAAG